AUGCCACCAUUCAAUUAUAUUUUUCAAAAAUUAUCUCUCCCAAAAUACCAAACUUUAAAUGGUUCUGUGAACUAUAUUUGUAUGUUGAAAGGAAUACCUGAUCGGAUUUAUAUGCUAAAAGUCAGGCAAGAAUAUCAAGCAAAUUUGGAAUUAUUUAUGUACAGUAAAAUUAUGGACGAUCUUCGCACUAUAUCAGGAAUUAUUGAAAUUAUUCAAUGCCUCAUGUUCACUGAUAAAUGCCUAAUCGUUCAAGAAUAUCCAUGUGCAACACUAGCAGAUUUCAUACAAGUGCAAAACAGCGGUAAUUUAAUUUUACGUGAGUCAGUAAUUGGAAUAAUAGUUCUUGACUUGAUGAAAAUUUUACGAUGCUUACAAAAAAAUUUCAUUAUUCAUGGAUGCUUUAAAAGCGACAACAUUUUCAUUGCUAACAGGCUGUUAAAUUUUCUAAUAAAAAAUAAGUUAAAUUUUGUUAUGCUAAAAGGCGAAGCAGCACUAUUAGUAAAAUUAGGAAAUUGGGAUUUUGCAAAUGAAAGUUCUGAUAGCAAAGAAUAUCAUGAAAAUAUCAACAAAAAUGAAAUCGUCAUUAAAUCUGAAUAUGACAAUGAUCAGUGGAACCACGAACGCGAUACGAAGGAUUUUAUAAGUAUUGUUCACGAACUAUGUGAUCAACCAUUAGAGAAUUUUUAUAUGCAUCAAUUAUGGUUAAAACUUUUCGAUUUGGAAUUACCUUCUGAACACGAAUGGAACACACUGAUUGAUGAAUUAGCAGAAGCAGUAGAUAUUCAUAUAAAUACAAACCGAGGAAUUCCGUGGAUUACAGCCCAAGCAGAAUAUAAUGCAAUAUUUGACGAUUUACUGCAAACAAACUUGGAAAUGCGUUUAUAA